GAAAUGCAGAAGCAAAACAAUAUUUUAGUGAAGGUCAGGUUUGAUGCACGAGCCGUAUCGGCUUGUUCAUGUAUGUAAUUUCAUUUGAAAUCAAGGAACUAUCCCAAAAAUCAUAUGUACACGAUACAUGGCACGUACUUUGGCAUCAACAGGCGGUACCAUUAACCAGUAAUGAAGUGUUUCCACUCGGGGCGGUUAACUGAACGGACAGAUGAACCGGAAAGCUUUGUAUUUCCCGAUACUUACCGCUGAGCAGCAAUACAGCGCUCGUCCAACAUUUCUCCACAAUGUCUGCUAAAUUGAACGCUUUAAAUAGUGAUUCGUACAUUGAAAUAAGCCAAUAUAGAGAUCAGCACUUUAAGGGUAACCGCUAUGAGCAGGAAAAGCUGCUUAAGCAGAGCAACACAUUGUAUGUCGGCAACCUGUCCUUCUACACCACCGAGGAGCAGGUACAUGAACUGUUCGCUAAAUGUGGAGAUGUCAAGCGGAUUAUCAUUGGAUUGGAUAAAAUUAAGAAAACGGCCUGUGGAUUCUGCUUUGUAGAAUAUUAUACCAGAGGAGAUGCAGAAAACGCCAUGCGCUUUGUUAAUGGCACACGGCUGGAUGACCGAAUCAUCCGCACAGACUGGGACGCUGGGUUCAAGGAAGGACGGCAAUAUGGCCGCGGCAAAUCUGGAGGACAGGUGAGGGAUGAGUACAGGCAGGACUACGACCCGGCCAGAGGCGGCUAUGGCUGGAAAGGCUCCAUUAAACCUGGUGACAAAUGGACUUGAGUCUCUGUGAGGUUCAGGGGAUGUGAAGUAAACCGAGUAUGCUGAUUUCUUCUGAAUGCUUUACACGAACAAGUCCUUCUGUCAGAAGUUGAGUUUUUUUUUUUUUUUAAUAAAUUGUUUUUUAAAGAAAUUUUUGGCCAAAGAUAAUUCAUUUCUGCUUCAGAUUACCCAAACUGGUAUUUAUUCAAAUAUCUCAGCUUAAUUAACUACCGACUUAAAAAAUGUAAUAACACAUGUUUGCAGCCCUCAUUUGUUGAAUUUAUUUUUCCUCAUAAGUGAAAAGUUUGGUGAAGUCACAACAAUUAUUUUGUUUUGACAUCUUGUCAACUCAGAUGCUGAACGAGUCAAGAGGCAAAGCAAACGCUAUGGUGAAAAAACGUACAAACUUUGAAGCACAGUGUGAAUCUGAACACAAGAUGGCAGAAGAGGAGUUUUUGAAAAAUAAGGGUGAGCUGAUAGUCUUUGUGGGCUCUGAUAUACCGGUACUUAAAGAGUAAAUGAUUUUCUUAGUACUGCACUCAGAGCAAUAAUAAUUACAUCAUUCUUUACAUCAGCAUUUUGUUUAGCCAGUCAGCAUAAAGUAUUUUACGCAUCCAAUGUUAAAUAGACCAGACCCUCAAAACACUGCAUUUGAACACACUUGUUCUAUAAGAAUCAUUCAAAUAGAUUAAACUAAAAUUGACCUCUUUUUUAAAUAUAUAAAUGGAAAUUGGGUCCCUUAAGAAAUAGCCUCAAAGUCAGAUCCAGCACAAAUUAGAUUUGGAAAGAAAUGUAUUUGUUCUUUCAAACUUUUAGGAAUUUGUCUCAAACCAGCUUUAACCUCUUGAUUUUUGUGUUCCAGCAAACUGGUAUCUGCAGAAAUUGAUGUGCUGUUCAUUCAGGAAUACUUGCACCAAAUAAUAAUUCAGAAGAUAAAUUGAUGUAAACAAAGUCUGCAGGUAUGAUUGCUUUCCAGAGAGCUGUGCAUGUGCACUCAGACAUUUCCAUAAUGUCUGCCCCACUUGAGCUUUGCACCCUGCAAAUAUAUAUACCCAUAAUAGAUCCAGACCAAAAACUAAGAGCCAAAAAACAAAAAGUAUGAAUAGGUGUCAAAUGUGAAUACAUGACUUAGAAACUUAUCAAAUAGAUCAAUAAAUACUUUUGUGCUGGUCCCUCCACAACCUAAUUUUUCAUCGUGCCUCGGACUCUCUCAGGUUGGUAAACCCGCCUUAUGUGUCAGUUUUGUUAGUUGUGAACUUCAAAAUGCCCUCCCUUUACAAACACUCCUUUCCUUACGUACCAAUAAAGGUGUUUUAAAAUCUGA